UUGAAGAUUGCAGUAUUUAGUUGUCCGUGGUUUUGUGUGUGAAUCGUAGUGCGUUGUGAGGCCGGUAGGAAUACGACAUUUUGGAGGUAUAAAUAUGGCUGCAUUAAGCGAAGUUUCAAGCAACCGCAGUUUUGGAGGUUAUCAGAAGGUGUUUUCUCAUGACAGCAAGGAGCUCAGAUGCAAAAUGAAGUUUGCUGUGUACUUACCACCUCAGGUUGAAGAUGGAAAACUUCCAGUUAUUUACUGGCUCUCUGGCUUGGAAUGUACAGAACAGAAUUUCAUAAUGAAAUCCGGAGUUCAGCGUUAUGCUUCUGAGCAUGGGAUCAUCAUUGUUGCUCCAGAUACCAGUCCAAGGGGAUGCAACAUUCCUGGAGAGGAUGACAGUUAUGAUUUUGGUACUGGAGCUGGAUUUUAUCUGGAUGCUAUCAAGGAGCCCUGGAGUGAAAACUACCGUAUGUUCUCGUAUAUAACGAAAGAACUUCCAGAAGUUAUCAAUUCAAACUUUGCCACAGUAGAGGAGAGUCAGUCCAUAAUGGGACACAGCAUGGGAGGUCAUGGUGCUUUGAUUUGUGUCCUGAAGAAUCCAGGAAAGUAUCGCAGUGUUUCAACAUUUUCUGCAAUUUGCAAUCCGAGUAUCGGUGCCUGGGGACAAAAAGCAUUUUCUGGUUACUUGGGCCCUGCAGAAUCUGCCAGCUGGGCUGACUGGGAUGCUACUGAGCUGGUAAAGAAAUACAGUGGACCACCUCUUGAAAUUCUCUUGGAUCAGGGAAAGGCUGACCCAAGAUUGGAAACAGAUCUCUUUCCUGAGAACUUCGUAAACGCUUGUAAGGAAUCUGAGAUACCUGUGAUUCUUCACAUGAGAGAUGGCUAUGAUCACAGUUACUAUUACAUAGCUUCCUUUAUAGAAGAACACAUCAAGCAUCAUGCAAAAUAUCUCAAGGCCUGAAUAACAUGUAACAGCAAUGCCAUUGUUAACCAUCAGUGAAAAAAUGUUAUGUACUGAACAGUUAUUAAAGCAUCCGUUCAUAAGAACUUGCAAAUUUAUAUGGAACACACAUGAAAAUUAUGUAUAAAUGUUUAUCCCAUUUAUUGUGGAAGAAGGGUGCAUCCUUGUCAGUGAUGUAUAUGUUUACAUGUUACUAGAAAGGUACCAGAUUCUGUUUCCAACAUACUUUGUAUAUUUAUAUGAUGUUGGGAAGCUCAAACAUAUGUACACAGGAUUUUUGUUCUAUAAGGUUGUCUCCAUGAGGUAGGCUACUGUACCUCAAUUUGUACACCAGAUGGCCUUACACAUACGUCAUGUCAACUUCAGGUGGAUAUAUUUGCACAGCAUUUAUUCUUUCACAGAGAUAUCAUGUAAUGACUGCUGAAUCAUAUUUAGAAUAAAAUUGAAAGGUGAUUGUAGUUAUACGCUGAGCAUACAUUAACUGACAGUACUCAAGUACUUUGGCCACCAUUGUCUGGUGCUGAAGUUAAAUAGGUAUCUCUACAGCCCUUGUAUGACUUUGUCACAUGAUUCAGAGGCAAAAGCGAAGCUGUGAUGCAACUACAGAUGCGCUUCUCAGCACAUCAACAGUUUUCUUUACUAUUGCAAGCCACACUAUUUUGUGUGUUCCUGUGGGUCUGAAAGAAAUGUUAUUAAAGCGGAAACUACCUAUAUAUGAUGUCUGUUCUUCACAGUGGUGAAGGUUAAUAUUGUGGUCUUCUGGAUUAUGUUACUGUAUAGUCUGGCAUGUUACCCUGAAGAUGGAGGUACAUGCUUAUGAAAUGAGGCAAAAGAGGGAUGAAAAAGGUUUUAUGAGAUUUCUGGCUCUCACAGUGAUGGCCAUGAAUAUUACUGUCUUUUGGAAUGUGAUAUCAUGUAGUUUGGUAAACUAGUAAACAUGUAAUGCAAUGUAAUAUAAUUUAAAGUAAUGUAAAGUACUCCUGUUUUGGAGGAGACUGCAGCCUUCACAUUGGGGGCAGAAGAUGGAGGCAACAGGUUUGUCCAAAAAGUUGGUACUUGUCUGUCAAACUGCAAGAUGUCACAUUUCAGUGGACAGUAAUAUUGAGAAAAUGUUCUCUUCAUGACUGACGCUGUUUCACUUACUUGGAAGAUGAUCAGAGUGUGCGUGUGUGUGGGAGCGCGGGCGCGCUCACUGCUACAUGCAGGUGACAGUAACACAAAAACUACUUGUCCUUAAAAUAUCUUUAAACUGGAUCACAAUCCUCGGUUGAAAAUGAGAAACUCAGAUUUGUCAGUUUGCUUGUGAAGGGCUGAGUAAAACAUCCAAGUUUCAUUUCACUGCAGUAAGAUACGGUGUGCCCGCAUUUUACCCAAGUGAUGUGUUACAGAAGACCUUGUGUAAUUCAAGACAAGUUUUCUCAUAGGAAUAAAUGUAUUGCCAAUUUU